CAGAGCUGUAUUGGGGUACCCAGGGCUGGGGAGCAUCUGGCACUGGAUGCUGCUCCCCCCCAAUUUUGGAGGUGGCCACUCCGCCCCCAUCCCUGCCUGCCCCCCCCCCCCACAGGUGACGUUCCCAGUGCGGAUCUUCCGGCUGCUGGGUGCAGGGACCCUGAUUGUCACCAACGCGGCCGGCGGCCUCAACCGCGGGUAUCAGGUGGGCGACAUCAUGGUGAUCCGGGACCACAUCAACAUGCCUGGCCUGGCUGGCAUCAACCCGCUCAGCGGCCCCUGUGACGAGAGGUUCGGGCCCCGCUUCCCCGCCAUGUCAGACGCCUAUGACGAGCAGCUGCGGGGCCUGGCGCUGGCAGUGGGCAAGGAGCUGGGCUACGGCCCAAGCCUGCACGAGGGCGUCUACUGCACCUUG